UAUGCUGUGUUUUUGGUAGAUAAAUUUUGAAUCCGGUACUCGCUAUGAUUACAAAAAACGGAUAUUAAAUUUCUGAUAAUUUUGAUAGUCGCAAUAAAACUCAAUUGCUUUAUUGCGGCGAAUUAUUGGUCUUAUCAAAUUAUAAUUACACAGAAAUCAAAAAACUCGUUGCAAAGCCAGUAGUUUUUGAACUAUUUAUUUUUGAAAAAUUUAAUUAAUUUUUUUAAACAUUUGUAUGUAAAUACAUAUGAACGUAACAAUAUAACGUAUUUAUUAAGAUAGCACCUAUAGAAAGUGUUUAUUGACACAAAAUUCAAAUAAAUGAGGAAAUUAUCAGCUAAGUUGUAUCUAGUAGUAUCUACAACAUUGUGGACACAAUGCAUUUCUUAUUUUUUUAAACAAUUCGUCACUGAUAAUAAUUAUUAUUAUAAUCACAAAUAAAAUACUUUAUAUUUAAUAAUUACUGGUGUUUCUUUCUUCAAAAUGUAUGGUUCUACACAGAAUACGUACGAACAAAGUUUUGUUUAAUUACAUCGAUAAACGCAACAUUACGUCUAUUUGUAUUUUUAGAUUUCUAAUGGAAUUUUUUCCAAAUAAAUACCCUAUUUUUCGUUAUUUGAAAUAUGAUAGGAAAAGAACAGACAACCAGAUCUUUCCAGUUAGGUCUAGCCAGGUCACUUUUUGUCAAAACGAAUUCUUCAACUUAUCAUUCGUGAGAGGUUAUCAAAUGAGAGAUUUUCCGUUUUGCCUCGACCUUUUUUUAUUUGCCAAUUAAUCGCGUCUUUAAUGAACGUAAAAAAAUAAUAAAAUAUUUGUGAGUUAGUUUUAUUCAGUUUGGUUCCUAACAGAUUAGGCAUGGGGGGUACCUAAGUAUAACUUUAUUUACAAAACAGCUUUAAUCGUCCGCCCCUGAUUGUGGUUUAAUUUUCACAAAAUUUUCCAAUUGCUAAUGACUUGUUAUUAUUUAAGGAAAGUUUCUAUUCGAACAGGAUGAAAUAAAAUAUAAAAGAACCGAACAAUCUUAUUAUUAACUAGACGAUAAAAAAUAUUUAUCAAAAAGUAAGAUUCCUCUCGCGCUAUCAUGGUAAAACAUUUCCGAUAAUCUUUGUACAGCAGGAAUCCAACUAACAACUAAUUUGAUUAGAGGUUUUCAUUAUUAACUAUAAAAUAUAUCAUAAUAAUAUUGGUGGCAAGAAUUCAACGGAUGAAGAUUCGGGUUAUCGCAUUUUACUUAAUAAUUAGGAGAAAAAAGUCAUUUAAACUAAAUUGAUUAUGCGGUAGAGUUUAAAAAAAAUGUAAAACGAGCCGCACGUGAAAUGCUCCACAUCUGUGUAAAUAUUUAUCGUUUGGUUUAUCAAAAUUGGUGGCUCUUGCAUGUUGUAUGUCAAAUUCUUUUGAACCAGCACAAACAAUGAUAGCCGGUGGAAAGUUUCCAUGCGAUUAAUUAAACUGACAAAGAACCAAAUUUUAGGAAUUACACUUUUCUGAAAUAAUACACUUUUUAUUUGCCAUGACUUGAUUGGCUUUUAGAAAUAUUUGAAAAAAAUGUAAAAAAAACGGGGUUUGUUUUAUAAAUAUCCAAAAACUUAAUAGUUAAUCCAUUGAAAAAUAAAAAAUAAAUACUUACAUAGUCGCAUGAAUUGAUGGCACCGUAUUCCUUCUUCAUCUUUUGAAAAUUUCAACCACUGGUGUUGAGACAUUAAGGGUCAGUGGAGGACUAGUGAUUAAGUUGCCCGCUCGUCUCUUUUAAAAUUGCUAUUAUUCAGCUGACCCUCACCCCACCAAUAAAUCGUAUUUGUUUAUAAAGUUUAUCAAUGAAUAAAAAAUCACAGUAUUUGACAAGAACCAAACACGUGUUUUUCAAUAUCAAAUCAACUUUGCAAUAAAAUUCUGAUACGCUUUAAAAAUUUACGUAAAACAACAGCAUUCCAAAAGACAAAUUAUGACUCACGCCUCAAAAUACUCUUUUAUAUACAAGAACUGAUAAAAUUUGUUCAAUUUGAAAGUCAUUUCUUUUUGAAACCUAGAUUUCGGGUGUGRGGGUCAGGGGGCAAUUAUAAUUGAAUUUUUUGUUAAAAAAUGUGUUCAUGGGGGAGAAAAAUCGGCGGUGACACUUGACCCCUAAUGAUUAUAUAUUAUCACCCAAAUAUUUAAUUGCAAAAUCACGUCAGUAUCCUUAACCUGUUCAACUGGUGGUGUGAUAAGGCCAUCCCGUUAGUGACAGGCUUGCAGCCACCAAUACAUUUUAUAACAUGAAUCUGCCACGAUGUGAUAAGUGAAAUGGAAUGAGUGCCUGUUUUAAAAGUGSUUAAAAAUAAUGCAUAUUUACAGUUCUAGUUCUCAUGCGACAUCUACGUGCAGCAACCAUUUAAAAGUACAUAAUAUUUACAGUGAGGGGCUGUAGAGGAGUCGCCGUUGACAUAUUCAUCUCGUUAAUUCAAAAGGCCACUAAAACAGACAAAAUGCAAGAUUUGAGACUGUGUUACUGUGACCUAAUUUCCAAAUAUCAACAUCUUGAGGGGGCACAUUUUUUUAUUUUAAUUAUAUACAUCUGUUUAAAUCAACUUUUAACUAUUAAGCAAUCAUUAUCUUACUUACUUUUGUAUAAAUCGCCAAUUUUGUUUAUAAACAGCUAUUUAAAAUUCUUGACUGACAUAAUAAAAUGUGACAGUUGACAGUACCAAACAACUGAUCUACGUUUUUUCGGAACGAAAAUUAUUUGGUUACCUUAAAUAAAUUAGCGAUAAUGCUUUUUAAAUUAACUGUUUUUGUUUGUUAUUUUUGUUUAUUAUUUACCUCUCAAAUUAAUUUACUAUUAUUUAUUUCAAUAUUAAAAUCUCAAUUCGAACGAACAAACAGUCGUGCGCACUUUUAGUAGAUUAAAAGACAAAUGACAGCUGUUUUUGACUUUUGUUGACAAACGUCAUCUGUUUACGUCAAUAAUAUUUUUUACAAUAAAUAAAUAUUUGUAUAUGUUGGACAGUGCAUUUACAUUGGGCUUAUGAAUUUGGGGCUGUUUAAUCGUAUGAACUUGAAAGAAAGCGGCGAGAAUAAGGGAAUGUAUUCAGAAUGGACGUCUUUAAAUCUCAUGCUUCAAAAGAACGGCGACGAAAACCAAAGCGUUUUAGAAAAAUUCGGUUUAGGUACCAGCAAAGAGGUGACUCUGGGAYUAGUAAGACAGUUGGCCAGUAACUUGGGAAUUAGUCAACCAGCAGAACCUAGCCCUCUUGUAACUGAUAAAGAGGUACAAUGGUGUAUGGAAGUACUCUGCUUUGGCCUGUCUUUACCCCUGUCAGAACAUGAGGCAAUCAAAGAUUGUGUUAAUGUCUAUUGUGAGUGGCUAUCAGCCUUACUGACCCCGAAAGUUUGUGUCCCUCAGCCAAUAGUUGAAGAUCCAAAUGUAUACGCGCGCAAGAUUAUCGCCCAUCUUCACUACUUAUUUAUUCCAAGGAAAGGAGAAGGAAUUGACACAAUUAAUAGACAAGCCGUUUUGUGUCACAGGGUGCUUCGUACCCUUCAACAAAUCGCCCACGAGUCGAAAUUGCUCGAACGCGAGACUUGGGAAGCUCUUCUCUUAUUUUUAUUAGCAAUAAAUGACACGUUAUUGUCACCACCAACAGUGAAAGAUGAUGUAGCUGACCAGCUUUGUGAAAGAGUUUUAAGUGUUUUAUUCGAGAUAUGGCUCAUAGCAUGCGCUCAAUGUUUUCCUUCGCCGCCUCUGUGGAAAACUUUGAGGGAGUGUUGUAUGAAUUGGCGUCAUCGGGUCGCACUAAUAGAGCAAUGGAAUCGAGUCAAUUUAGUUUUAACAUCGAAAGUUUUGGCUUUCAUGUAUGGUCCAAGUUUUCCCGAAUUGAAAAUCGGGGAUGACGAUUUGAUAACUCAUGGUAUGUCAAAUGAGUGUAUAGCUCAGAGUUGGUACCGAUUUUUGAACACCAUCGGGAAUCCGAUAAGUUUGACUAAACCGGAAGUGAUAAGCCAAACUCAGAAAUUCCUCCAAUUUGCGAUAAGUACCGACAACGUGAAUGAUCCCUGUCAACACCCCUGCCUCCAGGCCCUCCCUUUGAUCUUCCUCAAGGCGAUCAAGGGUAUAGCCGGUCAGGUGGACGCAUUUCUCGGUGUAGCACAAGCUGUUUGGUGGGAAAAUAUGAUAACAGGGGGCAGCACUGAUAAGAGUAAAGAAGUUGCACCAAAUCAAACUUCUGCUACUUACUCACCUAGUCCUACUCCUCCUACUCAACGCAGAUUGGCAAAAAGUUUUAGUGUGGCACCGUCCUCUGUCUCUAAGGGGAUUCCGAAAUCGUCUCUGAUUGGACUGACGACAAGCKGGAGUUCGGUCGUUGCUGCGACKGCUUCAGCCCCCAAUUCGGGGCCAUCAUCGGCUUCGAGCGCUUCUUCUUUAACUUCGUUUGGGAUCGAAACGCGCAACCCCUUAGCCCCGGGAAGGCCCCGAUGUAACAGUAUUUUACACUUGUUUGGCGAGUGGUUAUUUGAAGCUGCUUUCCUCGGUUGCGAUUUAAACAACAGACAAACWCACGACCAAAAUAAAAGACCAAGUUCGGUACUAAUGGAGAGUUACUCGCAACCGAGUUCCAUGAYUGACAUUCCUAGUUUACCUUCAAGUUUGACUAUAGAUAAGUAUGAAAGUGGCAAAGCUGAAGCUUUAGGUACUCUCUGUCGAAUCAUGUGUGCGAAAAAAACKGGCGAGGAAAUCCUUCCGGUAUAUUUYGCRCGAUUUUACCUGGCGGUGCAACAGGGGUUGAAAGCCCCGAAUCGAGAAUGUGGCGAAACSAUGGUUGCUAUWUUAAUGAAUUCAUCGGAUUUAUUUCGUCUUGAUUUAGACGGGAUUCGAGUCCUGAUCCCGGUUUUUAUCACAGCGCUUGAGAUUGUUUUACCAGACAAAGAUCUGAAAUUAAAUUCAAACGUUUCAAAAAUCGACUUAAGAAGAGCUUCCAUCCAUUUAUUGUCAUCAAUGUUAGUCUUGCCGCUACAUUUUCAAAACGUUGUAAUUAAGGAAUUGAUAAGUUCAGGUUUGUCGGAGCGACCUGUAACUUUCGCCCAACUCAAACCUCGUCUCAUGAACCUCGUCAUGAAUGCUCUUCAGAUCGAAACUGACCCGCAAAACACUCAUAUGUUACUCGGGAGUCUGUUUUUGUGUGUCCAAGAUUCGUCGAUUUAUGAAAAAGUCGAACAAGUGAUGCAACCCCCAACUGACACUUCUUCAAACUUGCUAAGUUCAGCGUCCGACACUGCCAGUACCAUGAGCAUGGCUAGCAGUUAUGACCGUUCCACUUCACCCGAGCAUUUUGGUCCUGUUGAUUCUUAUGAUUUAGUGCCGAUAGAUUCGGCACACGCUUUGUUUGUAAGAGCGACUUAUUUGGUAUGCCAUAGAUUGAUCAGUUCGUGGAAAACUGACCUUAAUGUGUCUCUAGCGGCACUUGAACUGCUUUCAGGACUUGCCAGAAUACACAUCAAAGAAUCAGCCAGAAAGUUAACAGACGCUAUGGAGUGCAAAAGGGCAGUAAAAUGGCUUUGCGACUACAUCGUGUCCCAAUGUUCUCGCCCUCCACCAGCCCAUUCCAAAGACCUCCACUCCACUAUCGUCGCCGCCUUCCAAUGUUGCUCAGUAUGGCUCCUCGAACACCCUUACUUGCUCCGCGACAAAGACUGCCUCACCACAGUCCUCGAAGUGGCCGAACUGGGCGUAUCGGGCACGAAAUCCGUCGGCAAACCCGGCGAAAACAUCAAAAUGAAAGAACAAAAAGAACUUAAACCGGCAUCGAUGCGUGUGAGAGACGCCGCCGAAAAUCUCCUCACAUGUAUUUUAGAACAAGUGGGCUAUUUCCCUAACGAAUGUGGUCCUGAAUCGAUUUCAUCCCUCCUUGAUGAACUCGCUUUAUUACAACAUUGCAAUUCUUGGCCCACCAAUUGCACGGAUCAAGCCGCUGCGGUUGAACGAUUUAGGUAUUUUGUGACUGAAGGUUCGGUCAUGUUGGCACUACUGGAAGAACCAUUAGGGAAUGACCAAGAUCCACAACCGACAGUUACGAUUUUAAUAAGAGGGCCGUUUGGACGGCAUGCUUGGACUAUGCAAUUGAGGCAUUUGCCAAGGCAUAGAUCGGGUAUGAKGUCUCAUGCCUCAAAUACUGGACGUCCGGUUGUCAUGCACGAAACUCCGGUCUGUCCGCAAGUUAAGCAGAAAUAUUUUCCGGACAGUGUCGAGAGAGUCACUCAGUGCAAAGUUGACCAAUCUAUCCCGCCCUUAGACUCGGUUAUAGCCCAAGACGAUCAAGUCGACGAAGAAACAAACAAAUUGGUCCAAUUAAURGAACGACAAACGACAGUCGAAGCAAACCUAGCCGCCUCACAAUCGAAUUGUGUGCCACAAGAGUGUACACCACCCCCUGUUUGUCACGAUUUUCAGACUUCUAGGUUGUUUUUGUCCCAUUUCGGGUUAUUAUCACUCGGAGAUGAGGAAAAGUCAGAAGGGGCCUCGACUUUGACGGCAUUGGACAGCAGCUCGGUUGAUUUUUGCAAGGAUUUGUCGGUUUUGGAUCAUUUGAGUCCGAGGACUUGUGACACCGUUCAUAUUUUCUACGUUAAAUCUCAACAAGUCGACGCGAAUGACAUUGUAAAUAAUGUGAGAGUUCAGAAUGACAUUUCGCCCUAUUUUUUCGAGUUUAUACACACUCUCGGGUGGCCUGUUGAGGUUAAUAAGCACCCAGGUUGGACUGGGCACGUUUCGACCAGUUGGAAAAUUUCCCCUCAGGAAAAUUCUGUUUCUGCUCGCAAUUCAAGCUAUGACGGCACCACUCAUGUCCUCUACUGGGCCGACGCUUGCUCUGAAAUAGCCUUUGUGGUUCCUUCUGUCAUAAAACCACCCGAACCAUCAGAACAGUCGUCAUACAGUGCUUCAUUUUGGUACGAACGCAGCCUAUCUGAGACAAGUAAAGAUAAAAGAGCCCUYAGUCUCGAGUUGGAUAAACAACCGGUGCCUCCUCGACGUUCAGGGCCCCGAUCAAAUCUCCACCCACACACGAAUACAAAAAUAAUGGUGGUGUGGUUAGAGAGUUUCGAGGACCAUUUAAAUCUACCGAUUGAUGAUUUACUGAACUGUAUGCAUACCGGUUUAGAGCGAGGUUCUGUCAUAAAAAGCAGCGAAGUUCUGGUGAUUUACUUACAUUUAAUGGCAUCGGGGCUGUUGAGGGUCCAUUUGCAAGGGCCUCCAGGGCGUGUGGGGCUAGCCUCGCCCCUUAUUGACGGAAUGGUGGUCAGUCGGCGCGCUCUAGGCCCUCUUGUGAGACACACAGCCUUGAAUAUGGCCCGGCGGCGACGCCUCGAUUCCGAUAGUUAUCAGCCCCCACAUGUCAGACGCCGGCUUAAAAUCCAGGAAAUGGUUCAGAAAUAUAAACGCGAAAUGUCUAAACCUGAAUUGUUAACUUAUUUAUUUAGUUCUACUUAAGGAAAAAUUAAAUUGAAUUGGUAAUUUU